AUGUCUAAGCAGCCAGGAGGUGACGGAAUGCACGGCGGCGGCGGCGGAGGAGGAGGAAGAGGCGACGGCGGCGGAGACAGGAAGAGGAAGGGAAUUGCGACGGAGGUUGAUGAUGAUUUCUUGAUUUCGAGUGAAGAUGAGGAGGAGGAGAGGGAGGAUCGGGUUCAGGUGCGCCGUACCUCACUGGAUUCACUCUCCUCGCUUGAAGAUGCUCUGCCCGUCAACAUGUCGAUUGAUAAUUUGAAUUGGUUUGACAGUUUGACAGAGUUGGCUUUUAAUUACAGGAAGGGACUUUCUGGUCAUUACAGUGGAAAAGCAAAAUCGUUUGGCAGUUUGACAGAGUUGGGUGUGAAUGAUCCGAUGGAGCUGGGCAAGAAAGAGCACCCAAUCAACAAAAGGCGAAGGCUGCUUAUUGCUCACGAGAUGCGUGAACAAGAGAAGCUUGGCGCCAGCUCGGCCUCUGCCACUCCACUGUCUGGUGAUCAGAAGGAAGAUGAAGAUGAAGAAAACAAGGUGGAAGAUCGUGAGAACGAGGCUCCAGAAGAUGAUCAUGACAAUUAA